GAGGCGCACUCACCAUUGGCUCUGGAGCUUAUAGGGGCGUUGCUUCACAGUUGGUGAGCGCUUAGGGUGCACGGGGUGUUCUAGGGAUGGCUAAGGGAAAGCGUACUUGGCACUGAUCCCUCCUUUCAGUAUAGACUGCAGUUUACAUUAGGCAGCAUUUUUUUUUUUUUUUGGAAAUUUAUGUCAAGGAGAGGUGGGGGGGGAGUGAUGAAUGUGUCAUAAAUAGUUCCGAGUUUAUAGUUGGGUAGUGGAUGCAUGUUUUGCAAUGCGAUGAGGCCAGUGCACUUUGCAAGACUUGCGCUGCAGAGAGCCUCCGCGGAUCCCACGACCUGUUGCUGACAAGCCGCGGAAAAAGGAGAGGGAGAGGAGGGGAGCCAGCUCGGGGAGAGACAGAGGGUACUGCCUUGGAAACGACAGCCCGGGUUUCUUCGGAGGAAAUCAUGCAGUUUGCAAUCUGGCUGGUUGGACUAAUGUGUCAUCUGUCAGUACUUGUCCGGGACACUUUGCAAUACCGAUUGCAUCCGAAACAAGAAAACUUCAUCAAGCAGCUGUCAUCGUAUGAAAUCAUCACCCCGCUCCGUGUGAAUGACUUCGGAGAAUCAUUCCCCCACAAAUUGCACUACAGAAGGAGACGGAGAAGUUUAAAUGAUGACCUGUCGGGUUUACGGGUUCACUACAGGAUUGAUGCAUUCGGGGAACGCUUUCACCUCAAUCUGAGCGCACACUCCGGCUUCAUAGCCCCCUCUUACACAGUGACACACUUGGGAGCGGAACAGUCCAACUCCACUGACUCCCACUUCCAUGACCCGAGCGAUAUGCGCCACUGCUUUUUCCGCGGACACGUCAACGCCAAUAGCGAGCACCCUGCCGUCUUCAGCCUGUGCACUGGCCUUAUUGGAACUUUUACGACACAAUAUGGCGAAUACUUCUUGGAGCCUCUUUUAAAUGCUGCGGGGGAGGAAUAUGACGAAGAGCACAACAAACCUCAUCUUCUUUAUCGACAUGAGAGGAAUAAGAACGUCUCGAAAACUGACAACAACACAGAGCCCUGUGCUGCCUCAGGGGACUCCAAGAGGUCAGUUGCGUAUGAGAGCAGAGGAAAUAUGGGUGAGGAGCUGGAUUCUCUCAGAGUCACGAUAGACGAUCGACACAUUUAUGACGCCGGCACAGAGCCCCGAUCCCCGCGCAGACGUAAGCGCUUCCUCUCCUACCCUCGCUACGUCGAGCUGAUGGUGACGGCAGACGCCAAAAUGGCUCGUCACCAUGGACGCAACCUAGAGCACUACAUCCUAACAAUCAUGUCAGUAGUAGCAGCAGUGUACAAGGACCCCAGUGUAGGAAACCUCAUCAACAUCAUGAUCGUCAAGCUGGUCGUCGUACACAAUGAACAGGAAGGGCCCACAGUGAGCUUCAAUGCCGCCACCACUCUCCACAACUUCUGCGUCUGGCAGCAGACCCAGAACGUCCAGGAUGACAGUCAUCCUUCCCAUCACGACACAGCGCUCCUCAUCACCAGGGAAGACAUCUGCCGUGCGAAAGAUAAAUGCGACACGUUAGGGCUUGCAGAGCUGGGGACUAUGUGUGAUCAGUACCGGAGCUGCUCCAUCAGUGAGGAAAAUGGAAUUAGUGCCUCCUUCACCAUCGCUCAUGAGCUGGGCCAUGUGUUCAACAUGCCUCAUGAUGACAACCCAAAGUGUCGGGAAGCGGGCAUGAAACACCAGUAUCAUGUCAUGGCUCCCACCCUCAACUAUGAUACCAAUCCCUGGUCGUGGUCCAAGUGCAGCCGCAAGUACAUCACAGAGUUUUUAGACACCGGCUACGGGGAGUGCCUCCUUGAUGAGCCUGUCAGCAGGACGUACGAACUCCCCACACUCCUGCCUGGUCAAAUCUACAAUGCCAACAGACAGUGUGAACUGAUGUUUGGACCCGGUUCCCAAAUUUGCCCUUACAUGAAACAGUGCAAGAGGCUGUGGUGUACAAGUGCAGAGGGGGACCAUAAAGGAUGUCGCACACAGCACAUGCCACUGGCUGAUGGGACUGAUUGUGGACACGGAAUGUACUGCAGACACGGGAUGUGUGUAAACAAGGAGUUGGACUUGCAGCCGGUGCAUGGAGAGUGGGGUCCCUGGGGACCCUACAGUGUUUGCUCCAGGACCUGUGGUGGAGGAACCCGUAGCACGAGCAGAGACUGCAACAAGCCAGAGCCCAGAAAUGGCGGAAAGUUCUGUGUGGGUCGCAGGAUGAAGUUCCGCUCUUGCAACACUGAGCCAUGUCCGCGAGGACGGAAAGAUUUCCGCGAAGAGCAGUGUUCUCAUUUUGACGGCAAGCACUUCAACAUCAACGGUCUACCUCCCACCGUCCGCUGGGUCCCCAAGUACAGUGGCAUACUAAUGAAGGAUCGCUGUAAGCUCUUCUGCCUGGUCGCUGGGACGACGGCGUACUAUCAGCUGAAGGACCGCGUCAUCGACGGCACGCCAUGUGGGCCAGAUACUUACGACAUCUGUGUUCAAGGCCUCUGCAGGCAAGCAGGCUGCGACCACGUUCUCAACUCCAAGGCCAGGAAUGACAAAUGCGGAGUGUGUGGCGGGGACAACUCGUCGUGUAAAACCAUGGCAGGGACCUUCAACGAUGCUCAGUAUGGUUACAACACAGUGGUGCGGAUCCCAGCUGGAGCCACCAACAUUGAUAUCAAACAGGUCAGCUACUCUGGAAAGCCAGAAGACGACAACUACCUCGCAUUAUCUGAUAGCAAGUCCAACUCCCUCCUGAACGGGAACUUCGUGGUGGCCAUGUUCAAAAGGGAAAUCACCUUCAAGGGAACCGUCAUUGAGUACAGCGGAUCAGACACAAAAGUGGAGCGCAUCAACUGCACCGACCGCAUCGAGGAGGAGCUCAUCCUGCAGGUCUUGUGUGUGGGAAAUCUCUACAACCCAGAUGUCCGUUACUCCUUCAACAUACCCAUCGAGGAACACAGGGAGCAGUUUGUGUGGGAUCCCUCGGGCUCCUGGCUCGAGUGCAACCGCACCUGUCAGGGUGAGCGCAGACGAAAGGCAGUGUGCGUGCGUAAGAGCGAUCACCUUGAGGUGUCGGACCAACGCUGUGAACAUUUACCUCGUCCUGUUGCUGUUGCUGAGCCCUGCAACACUGACUGUGAAGUCAGGUGGCAUGUUGCUGGAAAGAGCGAAUGUUCUGCUAAAUGUGGCCCAGGCUAUCGCAGCUUGGAUGUUCAGUGUAUGAAGUACAGCCUGAUGAAGAGACAGAGUGAGAGGAUGGAGGCCAGCGCCUGUGGAAACGCUGCCAAACCUCAGACCAGAGAGCCCUGCCAUGGGGACUGUCUGCUUAAGAGCUGGCAAUACAGCGCUUGGUCACAGUGCUCGAAGACGUGUGGACGUGGGAGCCGUAGCAGAGAGUCUUUCUGUAUGAACAACCUGGGUAGACGACUGGUGGACAGGGAGUGCAACGAAUACCAGAGGGUGGUCACUGAAACCUGCAAUGAUCAGCUGUGUCCGAAGUGGACUGUUAGCGAGUGGAGUGAGUGCCUGGUGACUUGUGGGAAGGGAAUGAGGCACAGACAAGUGUCGUGCAGCACGGGAGCCGGCGAGGAAAAGUUGAGUGAGCAUUUCUGCGACCCGUCAGGCAAACCUUCUGCUGUUGGAAGUUGCGAGAUGCCAGAGUGUGCGUCCUGGCAGGUUGGCGUGUGGGGAGCGUGUGCGGUGACCUGUGGCCAUGGCUACCAGAUGAGAGCUGUUAGGUGUGUGUCGGGGGAAUACGGUGACACAGUAAAUGACAGAGAGUGCAAUGCUGCGGCGAGGCCCAGAGACAGUCAGGACUGCGAGAUGCCGGCCUGUCCGUGGGCCUCUCCGGCACAAAGCACGCCUCGACCUGACAACUCGGCUCAGCUCCUGACUCAGUGGAGAUACGGCUCCUGGACAGCGUGCUCGGUGUCCUGUGGCAAGGGGAAGCGGGCGCGUUAUGUCAGCUGCAGAGAUGCCCAGGGAGGAGUGGCUGACGAGUCACACUGCGCCCACCUGCCUCGCCCCCCGGAGACCUCAACCUGCUUCAGCCCCUGCGGCCAAUGGCGCGCCGGGGAGUGGUCUCCUUGUUCAGCGACUUGUGGCGUGGGAACAGUCACCCGGCAGGUUGUCUGCUCUAACUACCACCAAUCAGUGGACCAGUCUUUCUGUGACCCGGAUGAGAAACCUGCAAUAGAACAAGAGUGUAACGCCGCACCCUGCUCCUCGAUCUACCACCGUCAACGCAUCAACGACCAGCCCUACGGAUAUCCCCAGGAUCCAGGACGCCAUCCUGGACACAGCAGCUGGAAUGUACCCUCAGCAGACAACCAGUGGAGGACCGGACCCUGGGGCGCAUGUUCCAGUACCUGUGCAGGAGGCUUCCAGAGGCGAGUGGUAGUCUGUCAGGAUGCUGACGGACGCAGCAACAGUUACUGCGAUGAGAGGGUCAAACCUGCCGAGUCCAAGAGCUGCGACUCUGGACCCUGCCCACUGUGGAACUACGGCGUCUGGGGAGAGUGCACUCAGACCUGCGGUGGAGGGAGGAAGACUCGCCUGGUGGUUUGUCAAAGGCCGAACGGCCAGAGGCUCAACGACUACAACUGCGACGUCCUGGACAAGCCGCCCGACAUGGAGCAAUGCAACCUGCAGCCCUGCCCGGGCUCUGCCUCCUGGCACCGCCGACCAUGGAAGCCGUGUUCAGUGAGUUGCGGUCGGGGGACCAAGCAGCGGGAGAUAGCCUGUGUUUAUCAGAACCAAACCAAAAUAGAGGAGGAGCACUGCAGUCAUAUGCCUCGCCCGCGAACACAGAAGGCCUGUCGGGCGCGAGGAUGCCCCACUUGGAAGGCCAACAGGUGGAGAGAGCAGUGUUCAGUCACCUGUGGAGUCGGAGUUCAGAACCGAGAUGUUUACUGCAGACUAAAAGGCACUGGCCGGGUCAGAGAAGAUCUAUGUGAUGCUCAACAGCGUCCUGCAACCGUCCGUCCAUGCCAAACUGCAGAAUGCACACAUUACACUUGGGUCGCUGGUGAAUGGGAGCAAUGUAAUGCAACCUGUGGGGAAGGCACGAAGAGCAGGAAGGUGGGGUGCAUGGGCCCAGAGAAGACACCCGUCCAGAAUGAUUACUGUGAGCCAUCGUUGCAGCCACCGUCGCACGAGCCCUGCAAAGGACCUCCCUGCAACUACAGGUGGAUUACAGGGGAAUGGUCACAGUGCUCUGCCAGCUGCGGUGUAGGUUACCAGCAGCGCAUAGUCUCCUGCUCUGUGACGCCCUCGUCUCAGGCUCUGCGCCCAUACUCCGCUGCCCAGUCCUCCUCUGCCAGCUCCCGCUGUCCUGAGCCCCACCCUCCUGGCACCCGUCCAUGCCUCCUAAGGGACUGCCCGCACACAGCCUACUGGAAAGCUGGCCCGUGGAGCAAGUGCUCACAGACCUGCGGGGCAGGAGUGAUGGAGCGCAGAGUGGAGUGUGUGACCUCCAAAGGCCAACCGUCCAAACACUGCCGUCCUUCAGAAAAACCUGAGUCUCAAGCUGCAUGUCAAGACAGAGAAUGCCAGUUGUUCACUUCUUGCAGAGAAGUCCAGAUGAGGCAGGGUGUGAAGAUAGAUGGGGAAUAUUAUCUCAAAGUCAAGUCCCGGAUCUUACAGAUAUACUGUGCUGAGAUGCAGACUGAUUUCCCCAAGGAAUAUGUGACGUUGCGCAGCGGUCAGACGGACAACUACUCUGAGGUGUACGGGUACAGGUUGCUGAACCCCUUUGAAUGUCCAUAUAACGGCAGCCGAAGACAGGACUGCGACUGUAGGAACGACUACUCAGCGGCGGGAUACACACUUUUCCACAAAGUUCGCCUGGACCUGAGCUCCCUGAGGAUAAUGAUCACAGACCUCCAGUUUUCCCAGACUCUCCUUGGUCGACCUGUUCCCUUUGCUACAGCGGGAGAUUGUUAUAGUGCAGCCAAGUGUCCACAGGGCCAGUUCAGCAUUAAUCUGAUCGGCACUGGCCUCAAAGUGGCUGAGGCCACCAAGUGGACAUCUCAGGGCAACUAUGUUUCUGUCAAAGUCCACAGAUCUGAGGACGGAACAAGAAUCUACGGCCGCUGCGGUGGUUUCUGUGGGAAGUGCAUUCCCCAAGCUCACAACGGCCUACUCCUUCAAGUCCACUGAGAGAGCAUGCAGAGACCAAACCUCUAAAUCUAUCUGGAAGACAGUAGCCCAGGAACAUGCAAUAACCGUGAUUUGUUGGACCCCGUAGUCACCUGUGAGUGUGGUGGAGGAGCAUUUAACAGUAAUCAUCCUACAGUAACAUCCCCAGUUCCCAAAAGGCAGCUAAAACAUACAAGACACUACGUACUGUGCAGUGCUACAGGCCCACUGUUAGGGUUCUUCAUCCUUACUGAUAUCAUUGAAGGAGAGCCAGCUAUUUUGGCUUGCUGAUAGUGUUGCAAUCACUUCUUAUGCAUCUUUUAGCAUCAUACAAAGGGAUACGAUACUUCAAAACAAUAAGAAAGCAAUUAUUCUCUCGGUUCAAGAAAGAAAUUCUCACAUUUUUUCUUCCGGUAUUCUGUGAAGUGAGAAAAAAAAAGGUCAAAUGGCUACACUAAGCAUUUAAUAACCACUUAUCUAACUGACUUGCAAUCAAUGAUCACGAUGCAAUCAAUAUACUGUACAUAUCUAAUAAUCGUUGCAAUCCUCUGGUGACAAAGAAGCACUGCAGACACACACUGAAAUAGUAUGUGAGGGAGGGUUGUGUUAUUGUUUUAUGAAAGCCGUUAGAAGAAGUAAUACAAAACACAGUAUUUAUGUGCGACUACUAAAUGGGCUACACUGGACAUCAUCUUAGCCUUAUAUAAGUUUAAAGACAUAGGUCAACAUUUCCGCUUAUUCACUUUCUUGUUGAGAGUUCGAUGAGAAGAUCAACAUCACUCACAUGUGCGCAGUAAAUAUGAAGUUAUGACCAGCGGUUAGUACUCCUACUACUGACAUGCUCUAUCCCAUUUGUUUAAUCUGCACAAAAAAAAGGUUUAUGAGCCAGCCAGUUUCUCGAUUUCUUCUUGGCAUUAACUUCCUGGAGUCACUCAGAGGUUGCCAGGCAAACAGCAGCAUCUUUAGGGCCUUUAUUCAAUCUGUUUCCAGUCUUUCUGCUAAGCUGCGCCAAGUUGCUGUUGGCUGACUAACUGCAUAUUUACCAUCCAAAACAUGACAGCGGUGAUGAUCUUCUCAUCUAACUCUACCCAAAAUAAGUGAAUUUCCCAAAAUGUUAAACUAUUUUUGCAACUAACUAACGAUAUCCAUCCAGACCUGCCUUACAUCCGAGGUCAAACUUUAGGAGAACACGAGGAGCCUUUAGAACAACUACUGAUCAUUUUUGUUUUCAUAUUGUGUAUUUCUAAAGCCUGUCUGCUGUCACCUGCGGCCAGGUAUUUCACACAACUACUUAAACCUGCACAGUCCACUGACUCACGUCAGGUGAGGACAGGAUAUCACUGUGAGGAAAAUAGAAGGUAUAUUUCUUGGUGUUUAAUUACAGUAUAAACGUUUUUGGUGGCUUUUUUUUUUUUUUUUUUUUUUAAACACGAGGAUGUGUUUUUCUUUAAUCAUGCCACACAGCCACAAGUUCUCAUCUGUUACGCCGUGACACAGUAUCAGGUGUGAUGAUCUCGCGUCACACCCUCCAUUGGGCCUACUGUAGGUACCUGCAACCCCUACCUCUCACAAACAUCCAUACUCUACUGAGAUAUGUGUUGUAAUAUAUUUAUGUUUGACCAUAUUUAUUCUGUAAUGACUGUAGAUAUGUUCUGUCUGAUGGUUUUGUUUUGUUUUUGUCUUUUGUCUGCUUUGCUUAAAAAAAAAAAAAAAAAAGGUAUUAGCUAUUAUUUGUAGUGUAUAACCACUAACCGUUAAUGAGGAUCUUUCGAAUGGUGCUUUUGAAAUACUGGAAAUACCUCGGAUCUUGAGAAGAAAAACACUGGAUUGUGGCUCUUUAGCAGAUGGUGAUCUGCCUAUAAUGCGUGUCAUGGUCAUCUCGUUCAAAAAUCGAGCUGCAAGGUUGCCAGAUAAACCACAUCACGUGAAGCACUGAGGAAAUCUGCCCUUUGAGUAGUGCUUAACUCAUCAUAAAUGACUUUCACUAUGACCACUACUACAACUACCAAGUAACCUAACAUGCCGGUACUCUGACGUUAAGCUUUAACCAAAGUUAGAAGAUAGAUGCAGAUUUUUUUUUUCUUCUCAGACAGUGCAGCUUCUUUUGAUUUUAAGAAUGCCUGAAAAAAUAAAUAAAGUCAAUGAGCAGCUAGAAAACCUUUGGCCAUUAUUCAUUUUUAUGAUGGUCAAUUGUUCUAUGAGGUCUGUAUCAGAAAGUUAAAGAAUACUUGAUGCACUAUGUGCCAUAAAUUUUGUAGAAAUGUAAUCCUGUUGUGUGUUUUGUAAUAACCGUUAAGAUUUGUAACUUAUGAUAUAUGUGUAUUUUUAAUAUUCAUACUUGAAUUGUGCUAAAUAUUGAAUGGGCAUUGGUACUGAAUAGAGUGUUCUUGUUUCCCAUGCUUUAUCCAAAGAUGUUUUUAAGAAUCAUAUGUACCUACAGUAUGUAUGUAGCCUGUAUAAAAGAUAUGAAUGGUGAUGAUGAUGAUGAGUUGAUUCUGGUGCUGACUACUAAUUGUACCAAUACUGUAUGUCUUGCUACUAUACUAACGCUGUAAAAAAAA